UUCUACGGAACAGGCAUACCAAGAAGACAGCCCAGUUUGAGGACCCUGUUAGUCCCGCCCCUGAGCCUUAAAUAUCUAAGAUGGCGGCGGCCUGUUUGUCCCGGUGACCAGAUACCGUAGAUGAUAGGAUGCUGAAGAAUACCGGUUACUUCCGGGGGCUCGAAUGCCCAUUUAGGGAAUGUUGCCGGCGCCCGUACUGUCACUUUAGGCACCGGGGGAGGGCGGCCGGGAACGUAGUUACUGAAGAGGCCCGAGUCGGGGCGGAAUAUGACCCAUACAGUCCAGAGCUUCCAACUGUGCCAGACAAUGCUGAUGAUGAUGUACUGGGAGCUAUUUCUGAACCAAGAUUGGAUAUUUUGGAGCUGGAAAGAGUCAACAAAGCUAUCGAGGCAGUUAAGAGUGAGGUGGAGAGAGAGCAAAGAAAAUAUAAGGAGUUGCUUGAGACAAAAAAGGAGUACAAUGCUUCCCCAAGCAGGCCUUCACAGACUGAUGCUUAUUCUCCACUGGAAUAUAACCCAGGAAGCUGCAAAAAUGGCACAACAGACUACAAUCCCACACCACUAUCAAAAUCAGACAAAACAUUUUGUAAAUAUACCCUGAAUGAUUCUGACGAAGGGAACAGCAAGGGUAGGUUUAUGGAGUAUGUUCCAACUGCUGUUGCACCAGUCUCUAAAUACAAAGCAAAUAAGUAUGUAAUUGAUAAUUCUAAACCACCUACAGAUCUAGAAUAUGACCCCAUGUCCAACUACUCAGCUAGACUUUUAAGCAAAGAGAGAGAGAGAAAAGGGACCAAAAGAUGCAGACUAGAAAAUAAUGAAGAAACGUACUCCCCAUCAGCAAAGAAGGUUUGCAGCAGUGCCUCUGAGAUUGUGGUUGAAGCUCAAUUUUCUGAUUCUGAAGAGGAGAUUGAAUCACAGUCUGCUACAAUUAAAGACAAAAAAAUUCCAUCCAAAAUGAAAAAGGAAGUCUUGCCCACACAUAAAGCCACCAAGACUGGAGGAAAGGACAAGAGUUCUGGAGAGAUAAAGGAGAUGGCUGUACAGUACAAUAUGGAAGAUAUUGGUCAGUUGGUUACUAACCAAAUUAAAGCACCCUUUGUUAGCAAGAGUGGCUCAACAAAGGAGAAGAAGGGUAAAGUACAUCAUUUUGUAAAGACAAAAACUGAUACAAAUACCGGUAUUAACAAAGCUGAUAAAGAGUCUGUUCCAAAAAAACAAAAACCAGAGUCCCACAAACCAGAUAAGGGUAAAUCCAAGAAUCAUAAAACGGACAAGAGAAGUUCAGUUAAACCCUGUUCAGACUCAAGUAAAAAGGAGAAGCUCGUAAAAAAGUUAAGCAAAGAGAAACCGGUUAAGUUUGAAAAAGACACAAAGGGCGGGGUGAAAAAUGGAAAAUAUAAAACAAAGGAUCUGAAGCGUGAAAUAUCAGAAAAGGCAAAGACAUCUACAGGUAUUAUAAAGGCUAAGUCAAAGCAACGCUCUCUCAGUCAUGUGGAUUUAUUUGGGGAUGAAAGUAGUGAUGAGGAUAUAAAAAAGAAAAAAGUUGGCUCACGUGAUGCUAGACCAGGGUCCAAUAAAGGAGAGUAUAUUGACACUGAGGAACAUUGCAGUAUGCAGAAUAGCAAGGCUCUUCAAAGACCGUCAACGUCAUCUGUGGAUGAGAUUGAUUAUUCACUGCUAGAAAAAGAGGUGGAUUCUGACUCUGAUCCAAUGGAGGAGUGCCUGCGGGUAUUUUAUGAGUCUCAAGAUGUAAAAACUGAGGACAAGGGCAGAAUGGCAAACCAGCCUCAAGUACAAAGCAAGAUAUCAGAAGACAAUUUGACCACUUUAUUUCCUGGGCAGAAGAAGAGGAUUUCUCAUGUUACCAACCCAGCUAAUGAAGAUGUUCCCAGCAAGCCUGUAAUCCUACCAUGCCGCCGCCCAACACCUCAAGAAAUGUGUUAUCUACGAAUCCAGCAGGCACAGGAGCAGGCUGUGCAGCUCCUUGCACAGCAGGAAGUAAUAAAGCUGACAAGCACUGUUCAUAAAACUUCACUGUCUCAGCCAGGGGCAAAGAAGAGAAUCGCACAUGUGCCUGGUCUUCCAUCACCCAGUAGUCAGGCACUCUCCCCAGAGAUAAAUAAAUCUGCUUCGGUUGGUAUGGUUCCAUCACCAAGUAGUUUAUCCUCUGCAAUUAAGACUCGAACUCUGUCUGGCAUGGCAUCCAAAACCACCACCGCAGCAGUGCAAAAAAGACAGGCACAUGCACCAUCCUUACAGAGUUCCACACUGAAGAGACCAGUAAUUCCCACUGAAUUUGGUGCUAAAGUUCCAACUACUGUACGACAACGAUACCUCAACCUCUUUAUUGAUGAGUGCCUAAAGUUAUGUGCUUCACAACAAGAGGCAUUUGACAAGGCUCUCACUGAGGAGAAAGGUGUCUAUAGUCGUAGCACCAGUCGUAAUAUUUACUUGAAUGUGGCAGUUAACACUUUGAAGAAACUGAGAAAUGAAGGACCAAGUAAUAACACCUCUUCAUCUAAAAGCACGAACAAGAAAGCUGUAUCUCAUGAAGCUGUCCUGGGAGGGAAGCUAGCGGCAAAAAACAGUUUCUCUGUUCUGAGUAACAGUGGUCAUAAGGAUGAGAAACUUUCAGAUGCCGCUUUGUAUACAAAACUAAAAGAUUAUAUGCUAACUGAAGAGGAUCAGCAAGAGCAUGGAUACCCGAUGGCUCAUCCUGAUAAAGCUGGAAAAGCCUUGCUUUUUAAUGCAGAGGAAAAGAGGAACUCUGAUUCUUCCUGCAGAGUGUGCUGUCGCUGUGGAGCAGAAUAUUCAGUAUCCACCAGUGGAAACUGUGUACGCAGAGAGGAAUGCAUCUAUCAUUGGGGUCGUCUGCGCAGGCAGAGAGUGCAUGGUGCUUUGGAAACUCAUUACAAUUGCUGCUCUGGAGCUGUUGGAUCAACUGGUUGUCAAACGGCAAAACAACAUGUGCAUGAUGGCCGUAAGGAGAACCUAGAUGGAUUUGUGAAAACAUUUGAGAAACCACAACCUGUUGAUGGGAAUCCUGGGAUUUUUGCCUUGGAUUGUGAAAUGUGCUACACCACGCAAGGCCUGGAGCUGACCCGUGUCACAGUCAUUAACUCAGAACUUAAAGUUGUAUAUGACACUUUUGUUAAACCUGACAACAAGAUUGUGGAUUAUAACACAAGAUUUUCAGGCGUGACAGAGGAGGAUUUGCAGAAUACUACUAUGACGCUUCGGGAUGUACAGGCUGUCCUCCUCUGCAUGUUUAGCUCUAAAACGAUCUUGAUUGGUCACAGCUUGGAAAGUGACCUAUUUGCACUAAAGAUGAUACAUCCCACUGUGGUAGAUACAGCCAUAGUCUUCCCUCAUCGUUUGGGAUUGCCAUACAAGCGGGCUUUGAGAUCUUUAAUGGCAGAUCACUUGAAACGUAUUAUUCAGGACAGUGUGGGGGGUCAUGACUCCAGUGAAGAUGCGUGUUCCUGCAUGGAGCUCAUGAUCUGGAAGGUAAAGGAAGAUGCUAAAGUGAAACGAUGAUUUUUGCACAACAACCUUUAUUUCAUGACUGACUGAGCCCUCGAAUGGAGGAACUAAACACCCGCACAAAGGACCAAAUUCAGAAUAUGGAAUGGCCCUAAAAUUUGUUGGAGCAGUUGCACUUGCAGAGGCCGCUUGUCAACACAGUAAUGAAAAAAUUAUUGUUUAAAUGGGAAACUAGAAACAUUGGACUUGGAUCUCUCAGACAUCUAAUUUCCAACAUAAUCAUAUUUUAGUUAGGAAACUAACUGAAUGCAUUAAUUAAAGUACUGAAAAAUUAGUCCUUAAGGGCUAUGGCACAGGGCCUCUCUUCCACCUAUUGUGAAAUGCAUAGUAUUGAUGCAAAUGGUGCAGUUUCUGCCCAGGAACAGAUGAUCCUUAAUGAUUUCCAUUCAAAUCAAUAAAAGUAAUCCUCUUCAGGUUGUGGACAUUUUGGCAGCCAUAGCCCUAAAGUGUUCAAAAAAAUUCAGCAAUUGUUUACUUAUUUAUUAUCUUUCAGCCUGAAAAGUGGGGAAAUAAUCCACCUCCCCUUUUUCCUUUCCUUCUUUUUUUGUUAAAAGCAGUUUUUACGUUCAGUGUUCUCAAAAGCAAUAUGUAUAUAAAUACUCACGGUAUUAUGCAGGCUGCAAAAACCUGAAAAAUCAUUUUAAUUAUGCAAAAUAGAGGAAGCUGGUGAAAGAUAUGAAAGCAUACCAGGUUGAGCUGAAGCACCGUUGUCUGUUUAUUUUAGGUUGUAUUUAAUUUAUAAACACUGUUUUUGUACUGUGAGGUCAGCACAUUUAUACCAUAUCUAAUGUGUUGCUGUUAAGAUCAGCUUUAAUUAAAAUUUACAUGAUAAUUAA